AUGAGGAAAUGUAAACGCAAAGAAGAUAAACAAAAACAGAGAAUUAUACAGACAGAAGAGCGGAGGAGCACGUGCUAAGUGAAUUUUGAAUAAUUCUCCAUAUAUUAAAUCUUUAAAAUUUAAUGAAAACAUGGGCUUAACAAAACAAUAUUUGGCCUAUAGGCCCGUAGAUAGUUUUAAUAUAAUAACGAGCGCGCGUACGAAUGUGAACUUUGUUGUUUACAAUGGCAUUGAAGGGCGCUAUGUCCUGACAGGAGCGGCAGAAAAUGCUAUUGUGUGGGAUUUAAGGUUGGGUGAACGUGUGGCUACCUUUCGGCGUGACAAAAUAGAAGUAACCGCAUUACGCUCUUCACCAGACAAUACGCAUAUUUCAAUUGGCUACGCAGAUGGUGUGGUUGAAGUGUUCGAUUUAAACUCACCAUUGCAAGCAAUUUGUUCACUAGCUGUGCAUAAAAGUGCUGUGUCCAUCAUACGAUACGAUAAUGAAGGAAUGCGUUUAGUGUCCGGUGGUUUAGACACUGAAUUAGUAGUGGUUGACAUAGUCGAACAAGCAGGUAAACAGCGAUUAACUGGGCACAAUGCUUCCAUUACAGACGGUCACUUUCUGCAAGUAUUUGGUCAACAAAACAUUGUAAUAAGCAGUUCGAAAGAUACACAGAUAAAGUUUUGGAAUCUGGACACGCAGUUUUGUUUUAAAACCAUUGUAGAUAAUCGAACUGAAGUGUGGGCUCUUGCAUUUGUUGGUACGCUUAUGGUAGCUGGUUGCGGUGAAAGUAGCAUGAAUGUAUAUCGAUUAAAACAACACGAUGUAGAAUCACAGCCUUUGGAAAGAGCUGUAGAAGGCUUAUCAAUCGAUGAUGAAGACACUAUUAGUCCUAUUUCAGUAUCUAAUUGUGGUGUUAUACAGCGUGCUGGCAAAGGACGUACAGUUAGCUUAGUAACUGAUAUGAGCGAGCGUGUUAUUAGUUGUCACGGUACUAAUGAUUUAAUUGAAAGUUUUUAUAUUUGUACCGAUGAUGAAGCUAAAAAGCGUUUGGCUAAACGUUUAAAAAAGGCAAAUAAAUCAGCAGAUAAUAUACAAUCGCAAGAAGUAAGUUUAAGCGAUGAAAUUAAACGUUUAGAGAGCAUUAAAGUAAAGCAAAAAAUAAAAUCAAUUGACGUGAUAUUGGGUAGUAAUAACGAAUUACGUGUGGCUGUCAGUUUAGCAAAUAACAGUUUACAACUGUAUAGUUUGAAUGUGCUUUUAAAUCAAAAGAAAAAUAUAAAAGAAAAUUAUAAACUUCUGCGUUCUCUAACACGUGCUGGACAUCAAUCCGAGGUACGCACAGUUUGUUUUAGUUCAGAUUCUUUAGCUAUUGGAUCUGGUGCGGCAGAAUCAUUUAAGUUUUGGAAUCGAGAGACGAUGCAAUGUUUACGAACAGUCACUUCAGAUUAUAUACUUUGCGCUACUUUUGUGCCUGGCGAUCGCUAUGCACUUCUUGGUAUGAAAACGGGGAAGCUGUUGAUAGUUGAUGUAGGUACCGGUGAUAUUACAGAAGAAAUUCCUGCGCAUGAAAGUGAGCUAUGGUCAUUAGUUGUUUUACCUGAUCAAAAAGGUUGCGUUACUGCAAGCAGUGACACCACGGUUAAAGUAUGGACAUUUGAACUUGUUGACAGCUAUCAUACAGAAGACGAUGAACAUGCUACACAAGCAAAAGUCUUAUCUGUGCUGCAUAAGAAUACUCUUAAGCUGGAGGAAACUGUUUUAUGCGUGCGUUUAAGUCCUGACAUGAAAUAUUUAGCAGUGGGUUUGCUCGAUUCUACUGUGAAGAUAUUUUUUUUGGAUUCAUUUAAGUUUUUUCUAUCAUUAUAUGGACACAAACUACCAGUGUUGUGUUUAGAUAUAUCAUAUGAUUCCAAUUUGAUUGUCACGGGUUCUGCUGAUCGAAAUGUAAAAAUUUGGGGUCUAGACUUUGGCGAUUGCCACCGAUCACUCUUUGCGCAUGAUGAUUCUGUAAUGGCUAUUCAAUUUAUACCAAAAACACAUAUGUUCUUCACAUGUGGUAAAGAUGGGAAAAUUAAACAGUGGGAUGCAGAUAGUUUUGAUAGAAUUCUAACAUUACCAGGACAUAUUGGAGAAGCGUACAAUUUGGCUGUGAGUCCUAAUGGCAAAUAUUUAGUUACGUGUGGUUCAGAUCGCACACUGCGUGUGUUUCAACGCACCGAUGAACCUCUAGUUUUGCAAGAUGUACAAGAAGAUGAACGUGAAGAAAUGGAAAAUCAGCAGCUAGCAACUGGUGAAGAUAGUGGAGUACCGCUACUUCCAGGUCUAAAAUUAGCAUCUCGUAAAACGGUGGGUUCUGAAAAAGCAGCUGAAUCCAUUUUGGAAUGUUUGGAGAUAUGUAACCAAUACGACGUUGAUGCUGAAGAUAAACCCGACAUACAUCCCUUAUUGCGCGCUUUACAAGUAACAAAUACAGAUGAUUUCUUACUAGCUACUAUAGGUCGAAUACGUGCUUCUGAUUUGGAAGAGGCCUUACUUAUACUACCUUUUUCGAAUGUCUGCGAAUUGUUAGACAGACUACCACAGUUAAUUGCAAAACGUAAUGAUGAAAUAGAACUGUUGUGUAAGGUUACCAUAUUUCUUUUUAAGGUGCAUAUGAAACCAAUUACAAGCUCAAAAGCAAUGAAGCCUCUACUAGAAAGUUUGAUAAAAUCGCUAAAAUCUGACGUUUUAGCAUUGCGUGAUACGAUUGGUAUAAAUUUGCAUGGCUUAGGCAUGUUACAACGAGAUAUUGAGGAAAGGCAAGGAAUAGAGCUUUUCCGAGAGGCCACACAAGAACGUAAAAAACGAGAUAAAAAGAAAAGACAAGCCACAAAACGAGUUCAUAUUCAAUUGACGUAGUGUUGUAGUGAUGAGAAUAACGUUUAUGAUGUGGAAUAAAAUAAAAAAAAUUAUUUAUAUAAAACUUUAAAA